UAUAAGCGACCUUCUUUUCUUCGAACUUCCGGUUUUGCUUAAGCUUAGAAUCGAAAAUUUGGAUAGUUCAUACAAUAUCAAAAUGUUUAGACCUCGGUCAUUAGCAAAUAAAAAGCCUGCACUCACUGCUGAAGAACAAGAGGCAGCUCGGAAGCGUAAGGAAAGAACGCAACGUCUUCAAAAUCUUCAGUUACGAAUGAAUGAAGCAAGGAAGCUCAAUCACCAAGAAGUUGCCGAAGAAGAUCGUAAGAAGCGACUUCCAGCUAAUUAUGAAGAAAAACGAAAACGGCUGGAAUGGGAAGAAGAAGAAUUAAAAAAGCAGAAGGAAUGCAAUGAGAAAGGAGAAGACUACGAUCAAGUGAAGUUGCUUGAUAUUAGUGCUGUAGAUGCUGAGAAAUGGGAACGCAAGAAAAAAAAGAAGAAUCCUGAUCCUGGUUUCUCUGAUUAUGAAGCUGCUACAUUUCGUCAGUAUCAAAAGAACACUAAACAGAUUAAGCCAGACAUGGAUUCUUAUUUUAAGCAGAUGGAAAAAAAAGGGGAAGAGUUUUUUCCUGAUGCUAACACUUUAGGAUUGCAGCAACACACUGACUCUGACAAAGCCGUCGAUAGAAUGGUAAAUGAUUUGGAGAAGCAGAUCAACAAAAGAGAAAAAUACAGCCGAAGAAGACCUUACGAUGAGGCUGCUGAUAUUGACUACAUCAAUGAGAGAAAUAUGAAAUUCAACAAAAAGUUGGAACGUUUCUAUGGGAAAUAUACAGCCGAGAUUAAACAGAAUUUGGAACGUGGUACUGCUGUUUGAUAUUCCAUUAGCUUGUGCUGGUUCUCUAUGCCUUGGUUUCCAGUCGUAAUGCUGCAGGUGGUUUUUCUCGAAAGCUGGUUGUUGAUUAUGUAUAGUUCUAUUGAUGAUGCAUUUAUCAUAAUUUAACAAAAUAUUUCAUCCUGUGUAAUUAGAUAGAUUGGAAGUGUUAGAAAGCGAACCACUGUAAAUAAUGAAAGGAAGUAUAAUUUAAUAAAAGUAUUGAUGAGAUUUUAUGUACAUGUAAUUUUUUAGUUGUAGCAGAUAUACAGUUUCCAUCAGGUUAAAGAAACUUUGCAAAAAUACAAAAGAAAACAAAAAAACAAAAAAACAAAAAAAAACCCCAAAAAAAUAAUGAAACAAAGAAAACUAUCCAGUUUAUGCUGGCUUAGGGAAAUGGAAGUAAGUAUAAACAAAAUUUGAUUCAUCAGAUUCCAUUAGAUAUCUUGGAUAGAUUCAUUAUCAUGUGAGAUUUGAUCUUAGGUCUGUAAAUCCACAAACUAUUUGUCAUUUCUCAGUUAUUCUGGCAUAUUGGUGUCACUGUUCUCUUUUCCUGAUACCAAGUAAAUAGAACCUGGAAACUCUACUGAGCCAACAAAGCAGCCUCUAUGCAGUUGUUCAACCUGCUCAAAAUAGCAGCCAAAUUCCUUGAAACCAAACCUACCAUCUUACAGAAGGAAGGUCACAUUAGUCAGUGUGAUCCUAUAUACUUCCAAAACAGCAGAAUGGUCAUGAUUAGAAUGCCUGUGAUCAUAGGUCUGCUCAAUGAGAGCUGACCUGGAGUUAAACAGCUACAAUAACGUACAGUGCAACUCUGUCCUAAUGGUUUGUUGCCCAAUAAAAUUAUUCCAAAGAAAAAGAAAAACUGUAUCUGGUUUAUAAGAAUAUAUUGAUAUUAAAUGGAAAUGUGUAUCUUUUCACUUCCUUCUGACA